AUGGAGUUUUUCUUUUUGAAGUUAGAACUAAGAAACCGAAUAGUCAAGAGGCUUGAGAGGAAAAUCAAGAUUAAUGAUUGGAUUGCUAUGGUCUUGGCUUUAAGCGGUACUUUGAUUGCAAGUAACUCGUAUUAAAUGCCAACAGGGGAUGACUGCGCUUUGGAAAAUGAAAUUGACUUUAGCUUGAGAGUAGGAGUUUACGUUGAAACUGCAACUGUAACUAUUUUAAGAACUUUUGUCUCAGUUACGACAAUAAUUCUUUAAACACUAUUUUCAUCUGGAAAAUACAAAUUCCUAAUCUCAGAGAUUGCUAUAUGUUUAAUCCAUUCUCCCCCAAAACUAAAUGCAACUUUUGAAUUUUACCAAGAAGGAACAUACAUUAUGUAUUCGAUGGACACUUUUUGCACAUUUAUCACUUUAUUGAGAUUUUACUUAAUGUGGCGACUGUUUGCCAAGUACUCCACCUGGAAUAACGACAAAGCUGAGAAAGUUUGUAUGGAGUGUCACUGUCAAAGUGGAACAGGAUUUGCCAUUAAAUGCGAACUUAAAGAGAGACCCUAUACUAUUAUAUUCUGUGCGAUAUCUCUCUCAAUUUUUAUUUUCGGAUUCGCAAUGAGAGCUGCUGAAUUUGGUUAAGAUUGGACUUACUUGUGGAACUCUAUGUGGUGCACUAUCAUUACAAUGGCUACUGUCGGCUAUGGAGAUUACUACCCAUAGACUCAUAUUGGGAGACUCAUCGCUAUUCUUGCUUGUGUUUGGGGAAACUUUUUAAUUUCACUGAUGGUCGUUUCACUUACUAUUUCCUCAGAAUUUAAUCCUUCCUAAAGAAAAGCAUAUGAUAAUAUUAUGAAGGAAAUAGGUGUUCAGGAGCAUAAUAAGAAAGCAAUAAGAGUUAUUUAGUCCCUAUUAAAGUAUUGUGUGCUCAGUCGAAAGAAGAAAGAUAUGACUAAAGAAGAGAGGCUGUAGCACUUAAAUAAUAUCAGGGAUAGGAUUAAGGAUUUUCAAUAGCAUAGGAAAAAACUAUUCGUAAAGGACUAAGAAAUUCCUCUAGAGAAUUAGUUACUCAGAGUAAACUAGCAAAUAUCUUUCGAGUUCGACUAAGUGCUUUCUGAUGCCAGAUCAAUAAAAAAGACUAUGACUGUAUUGUCAAGAGCUGAGGACCUAAAUGGAGAGAUAGAGGAAAAAGCCAUGAAAGUAAGCACGUUAAGCGAAAAGAUUCUUAAUAAACUUAAGAAGUUUAAGGAAAACUAAUUUAGGCCAAGGAUAUAAGGAUUUGACUCUGAUUCUGAUGCCGAAGGCAAUGACAAUCCUGGUAACGGUCCUCAAAACAAGAACUUAAAGCCUCAAAAUAACUAAAUCAAGAUAAAAGGUUUGACGAAAGAAAGCAGGUCACCAACAAAGUUCCUCAACAAAAUGAAUAGUGAAAAUGAGGAGGAAGAUAAUAUCGCUCUAUUGAAACUAAUCAGGGGCGGAUACAUAGACUAAAAUGUAAUGGCUAAUCUUAUCAAUAACGUGGUUGCUGGGUUCAAUGACGGCUCCAACCAGAGUAAUUUGCAGCUGGCAUAGUCUAAUGGCAAUAGUGCUUCUAAAGGUCACAAUAAUCCUCAUAACAGUUAAAGAAAAAUGCAUAGUCACUAAUAAGAUGCUAGUCACUAGCAAUAAUCAGGAGUUAUGAAUGAUGAAUGA